GGGCCGGCGCCUCCCGGAGCCCUUCCCGGGCGGCUCCCGCUGGGCCGAGCCCUUCCCGUUCCCGGGGAGCCGCCGCGGGCUGCCCUCGCUCUUCUCCCGGGCCCUGGAAUAUCCCGAUUAUCCCGAUUAUCCCGCCGAUUAUCCCGGCGAUUAUCCCGGCGAUUAUCCCGGCGAUUACCCCGAUUACCCCGGCGAUUACCCCGGCGAUUAUCCCGACUAUCCCGGCGAUUAUCCCGAUUUCCCGGGGGAUCUGGGAAUGCCGGGAAUGAGCCGCGGCCCCUUCGGCAUGAGGAGGAAGGAGAGGAUGGGAGCCCUGCCCUGGAACGGCCUGCACCCGGGCCGGCGCCGGGGGCUCCGCGCUCGCCCCGGGGGGCGCUGGGAGCCCGAGGGGCCCCGCAAGCGGAAACGCGAUGGGAAUAACGACGGGAAUAACGACGGGAAUAACGACGGGAAUAACGACGGGAAUAACGACGGGAAUAACGACGGGAAUAACAACGGGAACGCCGGGAACGACACCGGGAACGAGCCCGGGAACGCCGAUCCCAAAAACCCCCGCAGCGACAGCGACUCCGAGCACGGAGAUGAAGGAGAAGGAGAGGAGAAAUCCCUGGAUGAGGCAGACAAAGGAUCCUCGGAGGAGGACGAGGAGGUGAGGAAGAAACGGGAGAAGCAGCGCCGGAGGGACCGGAUGAGGGACAGGGCCAUGGACAGGAUCCAGUUCGCCUGCUCCGUCUGCAAAUUCCGGAGCCUGGAGGAGGAGGAGAUCCAGCGGCACCUGGAGAGCAAAUUCCACCGGGACACGCUGCGCUACAUCGGCACCAAGCUCCCGGAUAAAACCGUCCAGUUCCUGCAGGAGUACAUCGUGAACCGGAACCGGAAAAUCGAGCGGCGCCGCCAGGAGCUGCCGGAGAGAGACGGGAACAGAGCGAGGCCGGAUCCCUUCCGGGGGAUCGGGCAGGAGCACUUUUUCAAGCGGAUCGAGGCGGCGCACUGCCUGGCCUGCGACAUGCUGAUCCCGGCGCAGGGGACGCUGCUGCAGCGGCACCUGCGCUCGGCCGAGCACAACCGCAGCCGCAGGCUGGCGGCCGAGCAGUUCAAGAAGACGAGCCUGCACGUGGCCAAGAGCGUCCUGAACAACAAACACAUCGUCCGGAUGCUGGAGCGAUACCUGCAGGGUGAGGAUCCCUUCCGGGAGGAGCCCCCGGAGCCGCCGCCGGGGGAAUCCCGGGAAAACCCCGACCCCACGGAAACGCCGGAGGAAAUCCCGGAAAAAACCCCGGAAAAACUCCCGGAAAACGCCGAAAUUCCCGGAGAUUGCCCCGGAGCCCAGGAAUUCCUGGAGCCCCCCAGGCCCCUCCUGGUGCCGCCGUUCCUGGAGGAGCCGGAAAUUCCCGAAAAUCCCGAAAUUCCCGAAAAGCCCCGGGAAAAUCCGACGGAAAAUCCGACGGAAAAAUCCCAGGAAUUCGGGAUUUCCACCCAAAACCAAACUGAGGGAGGGGAGGGGGAAGAGGAGGAAAAAAUCCCGGAAAAAAUUCCAGAGAAAAUCCCGGAAAAAGAGGAAAAAAUUCCGGAAAAAAUCGUGGAAGAAGAGGAA